AUGCUCCUUCUUCCUAUCCACAGGAUACUCAGCGCGAUCCUCCUUUUACUCGUACUCUGCUCUGUCGCCGAGGAUACCUACAACGAUGCAUCGAACUCAGCUCUGUAUGACAUAGUCCCGGACUGUGCUAAGGACUGCGUCAAUAGCUUCAUCAAGUCCGAAUACACACCUGUGGAAUGCAAGUCACCGUCCAAUAUCAAGUGCCUUUGCCGCACCGGGACAACUAGUGGCUUGACAUUGGGUGAAGCAGCUUUGAGCUGUGUUCUGUCUUUAUGUUCACAGACGGUCUCCGCAAAGUCUAAGGCUUAUCACAUAUGCGACUCGGUAUCCGAGGCUCUUCCGAAAACACACCAGACGAUUACCGCAACGAUCUUUUCUGAUACGAGUACAACGAUAACGAGUGAUGUAGAAACCACUACAGAAACAACAUCAACUAGCUCCACUUCGACAACUGAACACACUUCCGAGGUCUCUAUGACAACACCUACAGCGACAUCGGCAUCAGCAUCGACAUCAGCAUCGACAUCAGCAUCGGCAUCGGCAUCAACAUCGGCAUCAACAUCGGCAUUAGCAUCGACGCCGACGUCGAAUACUUCCAGUCAUACGUCUAGUAUCACAUUAUAUGAUGCUUCUUCAUCUUCGGGGUCUCAAGUGGGACCAACGUCCUCUACUGGACAAAUUUCCAGUGACUCUUCUGAAGAUACGAAUAAGAAAGGUGAUCAUGCUAUUACUCCAGCAGCGGUCAUUGGAAUGUCAGUAGCAUCAGGUGUGGCAGGAUCUUUUAUCAUCGUCGUUGCUGUGUUUUUCUGCUGCAAGAGAUGGCGAGGAAAACAGCGGGAACGGGCACCUUCACAUAUUUUUGAGAUCGGAGGCGUCAUGUCUGAGCCUUCUGACUUUUCGAAACCGAUGCCACCACUACCAACAGAUGGCUUAGGUCUAGGGUCUUCAUACAGCCCAACGAGUGACCGCGAGACAAUGUUACAGCGGCCUGGUACUUUCCAUUCAAUGGCCACCGUUCACCCACCAUCACGAUACACCCCUCAAUCCGCUACGGUAUAUCAUUCGGGUCAGACCAAAGGACCCCAAGACCAAGAACGGAUAGGGUUUGCCUUUAGCUCCGACUCGGACUGGGAAUCUUCGCCUCGGACACAAUCUUCACAGCACAGCGUAGCACGACUAAUACCAGACCCUGCAGCUGGAUUAUACCCAAAGCCGCUGAAGUGGAGUCAUCGGCCACCUAGUGGAGAGACUCUCUUUGAAGAAGACGAAGGCCAACAAGCGGCAGCAGGAAUGAUGCAAAACAACUCCCCAAGGUUAGGGAUCCGGCCGAAACUCGCAGGACUACCAUCCAAUCCUCGCGCAUUCAAAGAUGGAUUCUCAGCAGGCAAAUUUAAACGAAGAUCCGGGGCCCCGAGUACCUUGGCACCCCCAUUCAAUCCCAACCCAGCCUUCAGAACCCCCUCGUCAGACAGCAGAGCUGCACACAACCAAACUUCCGAAACAUCACAACCCGCCUACUCCUUAAACCAAAACACCCUUCUCGCCGCCCCCAUCAACACCACCCAGACCCAAACCCAAAACCGCAGCCUGUCACCAGGACGACAGGCGCCUCAACCCUGCCCCGCCUCAUCAUCAACAGCCCUCCCUCUAGGCUCGGAGAUAGUAUCCAGGCCGCGGAUUGUACGGGGGAAUGACAUCAAACGUGUCCAGAUACGCAACAGUCCACGACCGCCUAGCGAAGUCAUCGCGCCAUACUGUCCAGAAGACUUGUGGCUGGAACGUGGACGUGCCUUCGUUCCGCCGAGAUCCCGAGAACCGUCUGGGGAAUUGCCGUAUCCUUCAGAUAUGUAUCCCGGUGCUGUGCAUUAUCCUGUUAGUCCGAAGAAAGUUGGUGCUGUGUCGAAUCGGAUUUCUCCGACUAGUCGGAAUUUGACGCCGUCGAGGAGGGGCGAUGAUCUGAUUCUUCGUGUUGAUUAA